GUGAUCAGAAUCAUGAAUUCAAACUAGAUGAUGAUGACGUCAUCGCUGCUAGUUUUAUUUACGCGCCAAAAGAUGAUCAACCUCGUCGUCGUCUUGCAGAAAAGGAAUUAGAGCAGCAGCAGCUGGGAAAUGAUCGUCGUCAGAUGAUCACUGAGAAUAAUAAUUACAAGUUAGACGUGGUUAUUACUCAUGAUUCCGAAGAAGAAGAGCAGCCAUUGUUAUAUGCAGUUUACGAUCACCACGAUUAUUGUGAUGAGGGUUUGUUGGAAAUGAAAAUGGAAGAAUCCCAGCCACACGAUUUACACACUAAUAAAAAGGAGAGAACCACACUUGCAGAUUUGUUCUCAGCUGAUUCGGAGCUUGACAAUAUCAUUAAUAUUAAUAUUAAUGAACUGAAGAAAAAAAGGCUGCAGGCGGCUACUAUUGUUAACAACAUGAAAGAAGCUGAUGAUCAUGUUAUCGAUAAGAUGAUGUCGAACAUCGACCUUCCAUUUGCCAAUUAUAAGCUUGACAAAGCUCGCCCCAUUCACAAACUGCAUCGAUUGAUGAGGAGAAUGAUGAAGAGAAAGAUCCAUCCUGCAGAGAUUAAUGGUGGUGGCCUCACUAACUACUCUAAACUUGCCGCCGACUUCACUGAAUCUGCUUCACUUCUCUCUUCAUAAUUAAUUAAUAAGGUGCAGUGAUCAUGCAUGUGAUGCAGCUUGAUGAGUAAUUAAUGCAUCUCUCUCUCUCUCUAU